GGGGGCGGGCACGCCGCCUCCUCGCCUUCCUCUGCCCGUGCGACGGCGGCAGAGCUCCGCUUCCUUCUCGGUCGCCGGCGGGCGGGCCGGGGCAGCCUGCGCGGCCGCUGAGCGGAACGGAGGCGCUGCGCGACGUGGCGGUCGCCGCCCAUCGCAGGCCCUUGUUUGUAACGGGUUCUGCUUUAGUCUUCAACUGUCUGCCUGUAGAUCCUGUUAGAGACAGCACCUCCUGCACACUAGAUAUGAAUGACGUCGCUGCAGAAAUUGAAGCAAGAUGAGUGCUGUGGGUUCUGCUUGUGCAGGCCUGGAGAAGUAAGGUGGCUUUUUUUAAUGCAGUAGUGUCAUUACGUGGCUGAAGACUAAACAUGAGAAUAGCAGGUGCUGCGAAGUUGAUAGUAGUCGUAGCAAUAUUUGUAUUGACAUUUUAUGUCAUAUCACAAGUGUUUGAAAUAAAAAUGGAAGCAAACUUAGGACACAUAUUUGCUAGAUCAGCAUUGGAUGCAGCUGCACGCUCUACAAAACCUCCAAGAUACAAAUGUGGGAUCUCUAAAGCUUGUCCUGAAAAGCAUUUUGCAUUCAAAAUGGCAAGCGGAGCAGCAAAUGUAGUUGGACCUAAAAUUUGCGUAGAAGAUAAUGUAUUAAUGAGUGGAGUUAAAAAUAAUGUUGGCAGAGGAAUAAAUGUGGCCUUGGUCAAUGGUAAAACAGGAGAACCGUUGGACACUAAAUUCUUUGACAUGUGGGGAGGAGAUGUGGCACCAUUUAUUGAAUUUCUUAAAUCCAUACAGGAUGGAACCAUAGUGCUAAUGGGAACAUACGAUGAUGGUGCAACCAAGCUUAAUGAAGAAGCACGGAAACUGAUCGCUGAACUGGGAAGCACAUCUAUCACUAACCUUGGUUUUAGAGACAAUUGGGUCUUCUGUGGUGGAAAAGGAAUUAAAACUAAAAGUCCAUUUGAGCAGCAUAUAAAGAACAACAAGGACACAAACAAAUACGAAGGCUGGCCAGAAGUUGUUGAGAUGGAAGGUUGUAUCCCUCAGAAGCAAGACUAAACCUACACAAAAGGAAAAGAAGAAAAUGCACUUUCUGCUAUUAUUAGGGAGAGGGCUAUGAAGGAGACUGUACUGUAAAUAAUAUUUUUAAAGCAUGCGGCCAUCCUGUCAGUGUGUGCAUGAGCACUGACAUCUUGAAUAUUGGGAUUAUUUAUUGCUAACACACACAAAAUCCUUUUUGUAAAUAUGUUCAAAGUAAAAGGAACAUCAAAUGAUUUCUAAACAGAUUUCUUAAAAGCACAGUAUUUAGUUUGCCUAUGGUGAGUAUCUCGUAGACCAACUGGCUAAUAAAUUGCAUAUGCCAAUAAUAAACAGAUCCAGACAAAUGUUGUACUGUCUUCUAACAUUGCUGUGAGAAUGUAACCUUUGUGGAAUAUGUAGAUUUUAGAGAUAAGUUAAUAAAGAGCUUUAAUUUUUUUAUCCUCUGCCUUUUUAAUGGCAGCAUCACUUUUUAUUGAAGCUAAUUGGUUAUUCUAAUACCAAGUGCUAAAAAAAAAUAAAUUAUUUUGUAGUCUCCCACCAAAACUGAAUAGCCUGCAAAGGAGGAAAACAUAAUAGUGAAAUACAGAUAUACCAUGAAAAGCACAAUAUAAGUUAUUUUUACUAGGAGAAAGAGGUAAAUGUAUAAGCAGUAUAUGAUACUUAAAAGCAGCUUGGAAGGAUUGUUGCUCAGCUUGAAAAUAGUACUUUCUGUGCAGAAGAGACUUGGCACGUUAAGCAGCAGUACUUGAACAAGUGACUUGUUCGGUUUUUUUGGAACAAUUUUUGUACUGCUGCUUAACCACCGAGUCUACCUAUGGCUGUUCAGCCCUGCUGGCUAGUCACAUAGUAAAUGUGCAUAAUGGGAUGCCUUCCUGCUGUAGUUGUGACCCUAGAAAUAAAUUUUCCAUCACAAAGAACCUAGCAGAGAGCAGUCUGCUUUCUAGUGAGAGUCGUCCAGGGUACAGUAUUAUGAAUCUUUAUUGCCUGUGUUGCAUCUAAUGUGAGGUCACUUCUGCUUACAGUGAUAUUAGAGAAAGCACUGCAUCUUUGGUUAUGCAGUCCAUGACAUUCAAACUUAAGUGACGAUGCAUCUUCAUUUUUUUCCAAUGCAAAAAAAAAAAAAAAGGACCAAGUUGAAGUGGCCUUAUUCUUUGGCUCAUGUCAGAGCUGUCAGAAAACAUAACUAUUUUUAGGUAGGGCCAGCUUGAACUUUCACUGAAACUAAGUUAGCGUGUUAUAAAUUUAAUUGUUGAUAUACAAAAAAAAUGGGGGAUGUUACAGAAUUGAUUGUAAUCUCUUGGGGUUCUGUGUCAUGAGUUCUGGUUUAAUCUUCAGAAACUUCCAGCUAGUACCAGGGAACUAAAGCCACAAAGGAUUUUUCAGGAACCCACAGUGUAAGUUGAAAACAGUGGCACUCAAAUGCUCCUGUUCUUGAUACGUCUUCUGAGGUAAACUCAACUGUGUGCACUAAAAAUGUCAAGCAAUACUGGGAAUUGCUUUGCAAGUCAAAUAACCUGUGAUGUCAGAGUAAGACUGGACUCUGAGUUGUUCUGUACGUUUAAGUAGCUUGUUAAAUAACGUGGCUUUCCCUCAAGUUUAAUGUAGAACAGCAAUAAAAGCACCUUAUGUGGUGAAAUUGUUUUUGUUAAAUCUUUCAGAUUCUCUUGUAUCUUUUUCAUCAAAUAAAGUAAAACACCUCAUUUCUAUCAA